AUGCAAUUCAACCUCUUUGCCCUUCUGGCUGCUGCUUCCACAGCCACCGCUGCAGCAUUCAGUGGCUGUGAGCAAGGCGAUUGCCCCGACCAUAGCGCCGCCAUUGACAUGAUUGAGACCAACCACAACGGUGGUGAUGUUGUUACUACAAGUAUUCGUGUGUCUGAUGGUGGAAAAUGUCAUGUUUUUGAGCUACGCGACACAAGUUACUGUGCUUCUUUUUCAUUCCACCACCGCCCGGCCAGAGCCUGCUUCGAUACAGGUGCCAUGAAAGGAACUUUGCAAUUCUUCGAUCUGAAUCCCCAAAAUCCCGAAACCUUCUGCUUUGGUCUGGAUUAUGAGAGGGAACCUAGCCAGUGCAUUACUCAGAUUUGGUGGUUCAACAAGUACUUUGUUUGCUAA